CGUCCGUUAAAAUUGGAACGUCAUCAACUAUAUUAACAAAAAUUAUUAUCUUAUCUUUUUACAAUUUUACUAGCAUGCCACUGCAGAUAACAAAAGCCAUGAAAAUCACCUAUCUCUUCACCCUUAUCCACCUCUUCUCCGUCCAAUGCUCUCCGUCACCGUCACCGUCACCACCACAUUUCGUCGGAAAACACUCCCUAAACAACACCACUCCUCAACAAUACUUCGAAGUCACCCACCCCCUCCCCACCGACGACAUCACUCCGUCAUGCUCCGUCAGCCUCCUCAACCACUCCUUCGCAAACACCUACGGCAGUCCUCCCGUUACCGUUAACUACACACCACCAAAGUCCAAAUGCAAAUGGUCCGUUGCUGUUCUCGAAUUCCAAGCCGAAUGUAAAGGCGAGCAGUACGACCGUAUUGCCGGAGUAUGGCUUGACGGCGUAGAGCUGUUGCGAACGAGUACGGCUCAGCCGACUGAAGCUGGAAUCUUCUGGAAAGUUCGGAAGGAUGUGAGUAGGUAUUCUUCGGUUAUUUCUCAGUCAAAUGUUAAACUCACAGUCAUGCUUGAAAACAUUGUGAACAAAGACUUCACCGGCGUUUACGACGUUAACAUCUCGUUGCAUUUUUACUCUGCUAGUUCAGUUAGGGUUCCGUUAUCUAUAGUCUCGGGAAUUCAUACUUCGUCUAGUAGUAGAAAACUGGUUUCUGUUAAAAAUAACGAGAUUGGAGGUAAAGUAAACGUGGAUAGAGUAUUAAAGGCGUUAUAUCCGUAUGAUAAGCCAGCGGAUUCGGUGGUACCGAUAUCCGGCACUAACGGUGUUAAUGAGGGGUUUUGGUUUAAAAUUGAUGAUGAACAUGAUGUUCAGACUACAAAAGUUAAAAUAGCUAGCAAAACAUACAAAGCAGUGCUUGAAUUGUAUGUAUCUUUUCAUGGAAAUGAUGAAUUCUGGUAUAUGAAUCCUUCGGAUGCAUAUGUAGAAACCAACCAUUUGUCGACAGGGCGAGCUCACGGGGCGUAUCGUGAAGUUUUGGUGACGAUAGACGGGGAAUUAGUCGGGGCUGUGGUUCCUUUCCCGGUUAUAUUCACGGGUGGGAUUAAUCCGCUGUUUUGGGAGCCGGUUGUGUCGAUUGGAGCUUUUAAUCUUCCGUCUUAUGAUAUAGAUUUGACUCCGUUUUUAGGGCGUCUUUUAGAUAACAAGGAUCAUAAAAUUGGGAUUCAGAUUGCGGAUGGUAUUUCAUUUUGGCUUGUGGAUGCCAAUCUGCAUCUUUGGGUUGAUCAUUCGAAUGUUAAGGCGCAGACUGUGUCAUCGAAGGUCCCGGCAAUGGAGAUUGAACGUAAAAAUGAAUUCGUGCUCCUUGAUGGAGAGUUCGAGAUAGAAGGAGAAAGGGAGAGCGAAGUUACUAGUUGGGUGUCUUCAAGCGCGGGCAAUCUGACCACGAAAUAUAAAGAAAAAAUCAAGUUCAAGAACAAACUCAAGUUCAAAGACCAAGGCACGAAGAAAGAACUCGAUCAGACGUACAAAAGGAAGAUUAAAAUCAAAACGACGAAUGAAAUGGGUCAGGUGGUUGAGAAUUUAGAAGUGAAGAUUAAGUAUCCUCUGGAUAUCAACACGGAAACUAGGCCCGGGUUAGAUAGGGGUACCACUGUGAUGACAACACAAGUGGAGCUAGAACGUAGCGAGCGGGUUUCUGGUGGUACAGAUUGGAUGUCUUUGAGCCACAAACUGAAUUGUACUGGUAUGAUGGUGGUGAAGGGUAGUUCUGUGUUGUCGGGUUUAGCCGAAAAUCAUCAGAAUUACAAUUAUAAGGAUGGUCUUGGUUGUUAUACUCGGAAGGUUGAUGUGGUGAAUGGUGUUGUUGUUGGGGAUGAUCCGAGCUCGAUUUGUAGCUGAAAUUAAGUUGCAGUGAAUGUGGUCCGGAUUGAAGUUACUCUAUGAGUCUAUUGUUAUCGAGUUUAACUGUUGUGUUUAGGUAAUAAUUUGAGUCGAUUGUAAUCGAGUUUAAUUGUUGUGUUUAGGUAAUAAUUUUAAUGUACGUCUAGAUUAUGUAUUCUGUAUGUUUGGUAUGUUAUUGUCAUUUGACAUGUAUAAUUUUAGGUAAUAAUUUUAAACAUUAACCAGA